AAAUGGCCGUUGACGUUCCGAGUGGGUUUCGUUUUCCUGCUGAAUGGGAACGUCAUAAGCAAACUUGGAUAGGUUGGCCAGAAAGGUUAGAUAACUGGCGUGACAAUGCGGUCCCUGCACAAAAUACUUUUGAAGAGGUCAUUCGUACUAUUGCAGAGUUUGAACCAGUAACUGUUAUUGUUUCUGCUAAUAGCUGGACACAAGUUCGAGAACGUUUCAAAGAUAACCAUAAUGUAAGAGUGAUCGAAAUGUCAACCGAUGACUGUUGGUUGCGAGAUACUGGCCCAAUUUUCAUAGUCUCUCGAACAGGAGAGUCCUCGUGUCAAUUAUGUGGCGUUGACUUUGUAUUCAACGCUUGGGGUGGAGUUAAAGAAGGAUGUUAUGUGAAUUGGGAUAAAGACGCUAUGAUUGCUUGGAAAAUAUUGGAAUUGGAACGUUUUAAAAGAUAUGUGUCCAACUUGGUUUUGGAAGGUGGUGCAGUGUCUACCGAUGGCCAAGGUACACUUUUAGCUACAGAAGAGUGUGUGCUCCAUUCCAAUCGAAAUCCAAAUUGGAGUCGAGACAUGAUAGAGAAGGAAUUGAAAUUGUAUUUAGGAGUUGAAAAGAUUAUUUGGCUUCCACUUGGAGUUUAUGGAGACCACGACACAAACGGCCACGUGGAUAACUUGUGUGUCUUUGUAGGUCCUGGUAAGGUGGUGAUACAUUGGACUGAGGAUAAGGAAGAUCCACAAUAUGAAAGAUCACUUCGAGCCUUUCAGAUCCUCGAAACUAGUCGAGAUGCAAAGGGAAGAAGUCUAUCUAUCCACAAGUUGCCUGUACCAGGACCUUUCUAUCGAACAGAAUUAGAAGCUUCUGGAGUUAUUUCCACAUCACAGGCAGUUGAUCGAAAAGUAAAUGAGCGUUUGGUGGCUUCUUAUGUUAAUUUUUAUUUUGCAAAUAAUGUUUUAAUUAUGCCAUCUUUUGGAGAACCGUGGGAUUCCGAGGCAAGAAAGAUUUUCCAGUCCAUUGUACCAGAGAGACAAAUUCGACAAGUCGCAGCGCGAGAGAUCAUCUUAGGAGGAGGAGGAAUACAUUGCGUAACUCAACAGCAACCAGAAGAUGCUUAAAAGUUUCAUAGUCAAUCUUAAUUUACUCCUCACUUUGCCAAAAGUUUAGUUGCGUAUCAUUUCUGGGUUGAAACUCUUCUCUAGUCUGUAAAGCACGAAACUGCUGUAUUUGUGCCUUGAGAGUUGUGAGUUCUUGCUCCAACUGUUGUAGUUUAUCAGAAUUGAGCUCCUUUGCAUAUUUCUCCCUUUCCUGCAAUCUGGACUGCUUUUUAAAGUUUAACUCUUGUUCAUUUCUCUUGGGUCUAUGGGGAUUUUGUGAAGUUAGUUCACUUAAGCUAUGAAGUUUCAAACCCUGUCCAUCUUCUUGACAAGAGAAGCUUAUAACGUAAAAAUUUCUUCUUCUUAUAGUGUAUUCUUUGUUCGAAAGUGCUCUAAAGUAAAUGUUUCGUAAAGUUUGCACAACUUUCGAUAAAUAUUUGUUGGUAAAAGGGAAAAACUGAACGAAUAGAAUUCAAGUCUAUGGAGUUUUGUACAAUCCAAAUAGAUACUACAGCUGUUGCCAAUGUAUAACUGCAACGAAAAAGAAAGUAUACACACGUCGUAUUGUUGUUACGGCUAAUCAUCAUUUUUUGCAAUUCAAAUUUUGAAAAAGCGGGCCCAUUCAUAAAUUGUACAAGAGUCGAAAACGCUGUUCCUUACUACUGUUACUGAGAUUACCACCACGAUUGUGAAACAUAUUAUAAAUAUCUAAUGCCAGAA